GACGGCGGCGGCUGCCGGGGGCGGUGGCGGUGGCGGCCUAGGGAGGCGGCGGCCUGGCCUGGCCUGGCCUGUCAGGGUGCGGGCGGCGGCGGUCCAGCACCAUGUCCCUACAGUACGGGGCGGAGGAGACGCCCCUGGCUGGCAGUUACGGCGCGGCCGACGCGUUCCCCAAGGACUUCGGCUACGGCGUGGAGGAGGAGGAAGAGGAGGCGGCGGCGGCGGGCGGCGGCGGCGCGGGGGCCGGCGGUGGCUGCGGCCCGGGGGGCGCUGACAGCUCCAAGCCAAGGAUUCUGCUCAUGGGGCUGCGGCGUAGCGGCAAGUCCUCCAUCCAGAAGGUGGUGUUUCAUAAGAUGUCCCCAAACGAGACUCUCUUUUUGGAAAGUACCAACAAGAUUUAUAAAGACGACAUUUCCAAUAGCUCCUUUGUGAAUUUCCAGAUUUGGGAUUUUCCUGGGCAAAUGGACUUUUUUGACCCAACUUUUGACUACGAGAUGAUCUUCAGGGGAACAGGAGCAUUGAUAUAUGUCAUUGAUGCACAGGAUGACUACAUGGAGGCUUUAACAAGACUUCACAUUACUGUUUCUAAAGCCUACAAAGUUAACCCAGACAUGAAUUUUGAGGUUUUUAUUCACAAAGUUGAUGGUUUGUCUGAUGAUCACAAAAUAGAAACACAGAGGGACAUUCAUCAAAGGGCCAAUGAUGACCUUGCAGAUGCUGGGCUAGAAAAACUCCAUCUUAGCUUUUAUUUGACUAGUAUCUAUGACCACUCAAUAUUUGAAGCCUUCAGUAAGGUGGUGCAGAAACUCAUUCCACAGCUGCCAACCUUGGAAAAUCUAUUAAAUAUCUUUAUAUCAAAUUCAGGUAUUGAAAAAGCUUUUCUCUUUGAUGUUGUCAGCAAAAUCUACAUUGCAACAGACAGUUCCCCUGUGGAUAUGCAGUCUUAUGAACUUUGCUGUGACAUGAUUGAUGUUGUAAUUGAUGUGUCUUGUAUAUAUGGGUUAAAGGAAGAUGGAAGUGGAAGUGCUUAUGACAAAGAGUCGAUGGCCAUCAUUAAGCUGAAUAACACAACAGUCCUUUAUUUAAAGGAAGUCACUAAAUUUUUGGCUCUGGUUUGCAUUCUUAGGGAAGAGAGCUUUGAACGAAAAGGCUUGAUAGACUACAACUUCCACUGUUUCCGAAAAGCUAUCCAUGAGGUUUUUGAGGUGGGUGUGACCUCUCACAGGAGCUGCAGUCAUCAGACCAGUGUUCCAAGCCUGAAAGCGUUGGCACACAAUGGCACACCACGGAAUGCCAUCUAGUCUGAAUCUCAGUGGUCGAGGCUCAGUGCCAGCUUACUCCUCACUCCAGGGUCAGAUGCCACGUGCUACAGGACAUGGGAGCUGCUGCCUGUGGGAGUCUGAUGCCUGUGCCACUGGAGACGAGGGUGGAGUUUCUCAUUUGGAUGAAAGCCCUUCAGCUGGCGGGUGCAACUGAGCUACUAUUUCUUUUAAAAAAUACGGCGCAAAAGAAUUCUAGAGACCUCAGAACUCAGUGUGUCCCCCUCAUUUGGGCCCUACUUUAAAUAGUUGGAAUAUUUUGGAUCUGGAGAUAACACCGGUUAUCUAUCCUUGCCAGUGAAUGUUGCUGUCAUUUUCUGCCUAAAAUAAUAGGAAAAAACUGAAUUUUAUAUGUUUCUCUUAGGCUUUCUUUUGAGUAGUGUCUAAAACCUUGCUUUGCUUACGUUCUAACACUGCCUCAGAUCUGUUCUGGACAAUGUACCUCUAAGACCUUUGAAAUGCAUUCACUUGCUAACUCCGAGGAUACGCGUCUGCCUGCAGCAAAAGACCUUCCUGUAUUUGUCAUGAAGAAAAGAGGAAGUUUUGUGCUGCAUGGGGGAGAGCAAGGCUCAGCAGGGGCUGCAUCAGUUCCUGUGGAUGUGUUGAGGAAAAAACUUUGAAACCGAAGAAAAUGUCUGCACCUGUGUUUUGGGUAGCAGACAUUUGAGUCCUUUUUCUUGAUAACGAUCAUGCACAAUGUAACAAAGGGAAUUUAAGACAAAAUGUUUUUCCUCACAGUCCCCUUCAGGGGGAGAAACUCAUUAUGUCACUGAAAUAUUUAGUUAACUUUUCUUUACUCUUGAAUACUUCUAUUCUAAGCUGUCUUGUUUCUUUAAGAAUUGUUUUUGAUCACAAAUGACCCUAAGGCACUGGCGGACUGUCCACUGGGGGUUAGAGGAAGCAGGGUGUGCCAUAGUAUGUGUCUCCGGGAUUCUGACACCAAGUGUCAACUCUGGUACUUUCCUUUGCCUAGGAUAUGAAUUCAUAAUUGUUUAUUUUCUUCAUGGUUGAUACCCUAUCCGAUGAUUUAAACUUACACAUUAUUUUUACUCCACAUGCCCAGUAGUCAUAUAUUCCAAA